ACCCACACAUGUCGAUCAUCAGUCAGAGCAGGGCGAGCAGCCGGGCGGUGUGUGUGACAGACAGUCCCCCCCUCAGCUGGCUCUCUCAGUAUCGACUCUCAUUGCGAUCGGACCGGAGGAGAGGCUGCGUUCACGACCUUUCAUGCGAGGCUCGACAUGCCACCUAACAUGGAUUACUUUUACCACGAGUCCCGAGUGCCUUCCGCUUGCGGGCUGACCCGGGAGGACGAGCUGGAGCCCGGGGUCAUCAGCUGCAUGCUGGUCGGUGACGGAGCCGUCGGGAAGACGAGCAUGAUAGUGAGCUACACCUCCAACGGAUACCCGGCCGACUACCAGCAGACGGGCUUCGACGUCUUCUCAGGUCAGGUCCAAGUAGAAGGAGCACCGUACAAAGUUCAGCUUCUGGACACUGCUGGACAGGAGGAGUUUGAUGAAUUCAGAGCUCUGUCCUACGCCCACACGGACGUCUUCCUCCUGUGCUUCAGCAUGGUCAACCCCAACUCGUUUCACAACAUCACCAAGAAGUGGGUGUCGGACAUCCGGGCUCACAACCCGUCCGCACCCAUCGUGCUCGUCGGCACCCAGUCGGACCUCUUGCUGGACGUGAACGUCCUCAUCAACCUGGACAGAUCUAACGUCAAGCCCGUCCUGAGCGCCCGUGCUCGCAGCAUGGCGGAGAAGAUCAGGGCAGCGGACUAUAUCGAGUGCUCUUCGCUCACGCAAAAGAACCUGAAGGAGGCGUUCGAUGCCGCCAUCUUCGCCGCCAUAAAGAACAAAACUCGCAAGAGCAAGAAGAGGAGGUUUUCGGACAGGCGCACGAAAGCUUUCUCCAGGUGUAGCUGGAAGAAGUUCUUCUGCUUCAUCUGAACUCACAAGAAUGCGGACAAAGACUCUUUAAUUUAUUGACUGUAGCUUGACGUCACAGCUCCCACCUGUGGCAGUUUAGCAUCCCUCCCUGUUAAGUGGCAUAUUUUAUGCUGGGAUGCCAAAUGGUGCGAGGGAGAAAAACCAGAUAUAAGCACAGUGAGUGUUGGGAACUCACAUCUGUGGGGACAGCAGAGAGGAUUCUGGGUGAUUCUCAGCCAGCAGUGUUGUUGCUUUAUAUUAAAAUACGUUACUUUUAAAAAAAAGAAGAAAAAAAAGACAUAUCUCACAUGUAACAUCAACUUCUGCGAAAGCUUUCAUGUGUAAUGCAUCAAAGGGGGGCCGUGAAUUGGGUGAACUGAGACUUUAAAGGAGGGAAAACAUAUCGAGCCGACUUGAUCUUUUCUCACAGCCGCGGAGAGAAAGGACAGGCCGUCAUGUAAAUGCUGUGAAUUUGCAUUGCUUGCUCUGUGGCCAGCUGCAGCCUUUAAUGCAGGGCGAGAGAGAAAGAGAGAGAGACAGAAAGUGUCGGGCUGCGUUCAGGCACAUGGGCGUUAGCCACUUCUCUGUUGUACUCUCGCUGUCUGGCUGCUGCAUCCUAUUUAUAUGCGGCAGCUGCAAGUUCAGGUUGCAGUGCGAGGUGCCACAUUCUUCUUCCUCACCUGUGUGUGAAAGCUGCCCUGGCUGGUUUGUCUUGAUUACUAUCUAGUCCUCAGGUAAACCAACUGACAACCUUAUCGUCGGCGAUAUUAACUUGUAAUUUGUCUUUUCGCCGAGCAGUGUCCGCUGUACUUUGGGGCGAAUCAGAAACAAGCGUAUUUCCCUUUCUGCCUUAUUUCUCAGAGUGGAGCAGGAACUUGUUUGACAAUAAUCCUCUUUAGCUCUUUGUCCCCCUCGCCCAUCAAUCUGCAUCUGUGAAAGCAAAGCACUACAGGAGUCUUAACUUCCACCCUGCUGAUCCUCCCACCACCACCACCACCACCUCCGACAGCCCGGCCUUUUUUCAUUCACACCUCUUUGUUUGUAUGCUCAAUACACUCCUUAUCUCCUCAUAGCCCGUUGUGUACAGAGUUAGAGGACGCUGAUCGGCCUCUGCUUUUGAAUGUAAGCGUAAAGUAAUACACAGCCUCGUGUCUGUGGCGUCACAUUUUCCACUCACUGGAUACGUACAUGUGAGCAUGGCUUUACUAUGCUUCUUGUGGAAGUGAGCUUAAUGUAUAUAAGACUCUGUUUGUUAAAACAGGUUAUCUGUCAUGUCUGAGUAUAUGAAAUAUAAAGAGAAGACAUGGAUUUUAAAGUGCUGAUGUACUCCACGAACAUUUUGUAUCACUGUCACUUGUCUCCUCUUCGAACCUGUGUGUCUUUUUAUACAUGUCGGAGUGAUCUGAUGCAAAUAAAUGAAGUGCAAAUCAUA